AUGAUUGAGAAAAUUGAGAAUCAAGUUGGCAAACCAAAGAUCCCUGAAAUCAAAACACCAGGACAAGGCGGACAAGUUCUUGAAACACCUAAAAUCGAAGUUAUCCGUGAGCAAACUCCUGAUCGUAAAAGUUCACUAGCCCCAGGAAAUGAAAAUGCCAGUCAAGAAAGAAUCAUCAACACUAGUGUUGCAUUAAGUCCCAACAAAAUUUUAAAAUUAUUUCUUCUUAUGAUCUUUUCUUGA